AUGGAGAGACUGGUUACCCGCCGAACAGGAAAACAUGGAAACGCUCAAAAGAGGGAUGCUGAGAAAAUGCAUUUGCUCAAAAAUGUCAUGCCAGUGAAGCAGAAGCCCUCCAAGGAGCUGAGGCCCAUGCUCGGGGCCAUCUUGCUGGGCCUCAUCCUCUUCAUUGCCGCCGUGGUGGCCUGGUGCUACUACACGGUGUCCCUGCGGAAGGCGGAGCGGCUCAAGACGGAGCUGAUGGACCUGCGGGCAGACGGCUUUGUCAUCAGGAACCAGCCCGGGGAGGUGGUCUUCCGCCUGGCCUUCCGCUCGGGCCGCCUGGACCUGGAGUCGUGCUCCAAGGAGGGCGAGAUUCUGAGCUGCACGCGGUCGGGCCACUGGUACGGGGCAUGGGAGAUGAGCACCCAGCACUGGCCCAUCCGCCUGGCCGGCUACCAGGAGCCCGUGCCCUACGUGACGAGCGACGUCUACUCCUUCCGCAACAGCUUUGGCGGCAUCCUGGAGCGCUACUGGCUCUCCUCCAAGGCGGCGGCCAUCAAGAUCAAUGACUCCGUGCCCUUCCACCUGGGCUUCAACGCCACCCAGCGCGCCCUCUUCUUCCAGGCGCGCUACAAGGACUCUCCCUACAAGCCCCCUCCGGGGCAGCAGCCCUUCCCCGAGCUCAGCUACCGCGUCUGCGUGGGCUCCGACAUCACCUCCAUCCACAAGUACAUGGUGCGCAGGUACUUCAACAAGCCCUCCAAGAUCCCUGCUGAGAACGCCUUCCGAUACCCCAUCUGGUCCACCUGGGCACUCUACAAAAAAGAUAUUGACCAGGAUAAAGUUCUGGAUUUUGCAAGAAACGUUAAGAGACAUGGUUUUAACUGCAGCCACAUUGAAAUUGAUGACAUGUACACACAGACCUAUGGGGAUUUUGACUUUGAUCCGGUCAAGUUCCCCAACGUGACAGAGAUGUUUGCAAAACUAAGGGAGGACGGGUUUAAAGUCACACUAUGGACUCACCCUUUCAUAAACUACAAUUCCUCCAAUUUUGGUGUGGGCAUCGAGCGGCAGCUGUUCAUCAAGGAGCCAUCUGGGCGGCUGCCAGCCAUGGUGGAGUGGUGGAACGGCAUCGGGGCCAUCCUGGACUUCACCAACCCUGCAGCCCGUGACUGGUUCCAGAGCCACCUGCGCCAGCUGCGGCACAAAUACGGCAUCUCCUCUUUCAAGUUCGAUGCGGGGGAGACCAGCUACCUGCCCAAGCAGUUCAGCACCUUCCGCCCGCUCUCGGACCCCAGCAUCUGGUCGCGGCGCUACACGGAGAUGGCCAUUCCCUUCUAUGAGCUGGCCGAGGUGCGGGUGGGCUACCAGUCCCAGAACAUCUCCUGCUUCUUCCGCAUCAUUGACCGCGACUCUGUCUGGGGCUACGAGCUCGGCCUCAAGUCCCUCAUUCCCACUGUGCUCACCAUCAGCAUGCUGGGGUACCCUUUUGUGCUUCCGGAUAUGAUUGCAGGAAACUUUCUUCCCAACAAGACAGAUGGGGCAGUGGAGAUCCCUGACCGGGAGCUGUAUGUGCGGUGGUUGGAGCUGUCUGCCUUCAUGCCCUCCAUGCAGUUCUCCAUCCCACCCUGGCUCUACGACAAGGAGGUGGUGGAGAUUGCGCAGAAGUUCACAGAGCUUCACGAGUCGCUGGUGGCCCCGCUCCUGCUGGAGCUGGCCGGGGAGGUCACCUACACGGGUGACCCCAUCAUCCGUCCCAUCUGGUGGAUCUCGCCCCGUGACGAGGCUGCUCACAGGAUCGACUCCCAGUUCCUCAUUGGGGACACCCUCAUGGUGGCCCCUGUGCUGGAGAUGGGCAAGCAGGAGCGUGAUGUCUACCUGCCAGCGGGCAAGUGGCGCAGCUACAAGGGGGAGUUGUUUGAGAAGACCCCAGUGCUGCUCACGGACUAUCCCGUCGACCUGGAUGAAGUUGCCUAUUUCCUCUGGGUUUCCUAA